AUGAUCUGCUCCGUGCCGUCGUUGUGGCCGUGGGCCGUGGGUUUUGUGUCUGCCCUUCUACUAGUUUCUCCAGCGGAAGCUAAUCCGCCUCUAAUAUCCUUUCCUCCGUUCCCGGCAAAUAGCUGCGACCCCGGCGGCCUGCUGAGAUGCAUGCAAAACAGCAGCGUGCGGAACGGCUAUAUCGACCUCCUUCCCGACAAAGGCAACGGUACGGACCCCAACCUGCUGCUCAAUAACAUCGGCCGGGUGCUGUACCACCAGCAAGCGAUAACAUGGCCAGCGAGCUUCGACACCAACUUCACCGUCCUCAUCAGCAAGCGCGCCAACGCGAGCAGCUUCGGGGACGGCAUGGCGUUUGUGAUGACCGCCGAAAUGCGUCAGAGCCCCCCGGGAAGCUUCGGCGGCUUCUUGGGCCUGUUCGACCACAGUACGAAUGGUGAGCCGCGGAACUCCCUCCCUCUGUUUUUGAUGCCAACGAAAUAUUAGGGCUCCGUAUCCAAGGCCUGCUUCUUUUAGCGUCGACACUUCAACAUCGUUGCAUUACUCAAUCCUAAAACCAAAUUAAAAUAGUUCCUGUCAUGAGUUGUAACAAAAUGGGACAAAAAUUGAAAUGUACUGCAAUUCCUUUUGUGUAUGACUUCAAGAAUCGCAAAAGGAAUAUAAUAUAUUCUCAAUUUGAGAUUUUAGGGCGUCUAAAAGAAGUCGAAUUCGAUAACGUCCCCAUCUUUGAUAGCCAGAACUACUUCGUCGCCAAGCAUAAUUCGGCUUUAUGAAGUUAAAAAAUGACUUUUACCCUUAGUUUGUGACUGCAUGUUAUUUAUAAAUGAGUGAGUUGAAUUGUGAAUAAGUAAAAGUGAACAUUGGCCGUUAAUAUAUUGCUAUCAAUAUGGGGACCAAUAAAUGGAAGUUAAUAGCAAUACAUUACUCGAGAAAGUUGGAGUAGGAGCACAACUUAUUUAUUUCAUUUGUCGUUUUCUUAAGAGAGAAGAUCUAUUCGUGAAGGUACUAAGGGUAUAAUAUAUAUCUGAGUUUUCUAAUUUUGAGGGCCCAAGGGGGAGAUUACAAGGUCACUGCCACUCUUGGCCAAGUAUUUCAGUCGGUGGAUUCAGGGAGUAGUAAUUGUCGGACUGAUGACGUUAUCUACUUGGCAGGGAACACGACGGGGCAGCUAGCCGUUGAGAUCGACACGUACCCGAACGAGUACGAAACCCAGGAAUACCACGUCGGUGUUGACAUCGCUAGCAUCGUCUCUAACGUCACUGCGCCUCUUAGCAGUGUCAGCGUCGACCUGAACAAGGAAAUACCAGUGACUUACAGGGUGAACUACGACGGGUGGACGAAGAACCUCGAGGUCUCGGCGGGAUACGCCGGCGAGGGACCGCCCAAGAGCCUCCUCAACUUUUGUAUCGUCAUUGCCAAGAUAAAUCCUAUCUACGUGGGCUUCACUGCGGGCUCGGGUCCCUCGUCCAACUACAGCGAGAAUAUCCGGAUUCUCAGCUGGAACUUCUCCUUCACCCCGCUGCCGGACUGGUCCCUUGAGGAGCCCGGCGACGGGAAGGGAGGAAGGAGGUUACGCACCAUUCUCGCAAUCGUCGUUUCUACUGUUGUGGGUGUUCCCUCGCUUGUGCUACUGAUACUGCUGGGAGCGAAGAGGGUAAGGAAGUGGAGGAGGUGGCGGUGGCUCGAGUCUCUAUCGAGGAGCGCAGCGAGUGCGCCCAAGAUGUACACGUACGAAAAACUCUCGACGGCUACAAGGUGUUUCAGCAGUGCCAACUUACUCGGUAAGGGUGGGUUUGGCAGUGUCUACAGGGGGAACUUUUCUAAUCCACCUUCAGUUGUCGCCGUCAAAAGAAUCUCCGCCACCUCUAAACAAGGUUCGCCAUGAUUCAGAAUAACCUUACCUUUCUGCAUGUGAGGAGCUUUAAAAAUGUUAUAUGCUCGGUUUUGGCAGCUUAAGUCUGAGAACGUACUUGGAAUGGGCGUGAGCUGAUAGGUCUUUAUGAUUUAUCCAGACCAUACCGAGAUUACGGGAUCAAGUAGAUAACAAAUCAAUUUAUCUGUAAACUAAAAUCAUUUGCCGGCAGUGUAUUACGUUUUACCACUUUUUGAUCGCACCAUUGUCUUAUAUUCAUCAGGCGAGAGGGAGUACUUUGCGGAGAUAUGCACUAUCGGGCGUCUACAUCACAAGAACAUCGUGCAGCUUCAGGGGUGGUGCCACAGCGGCAAGAGCCUCCUACUCGUCUACGAGUUCAUGCCCAACGGAAGCCUCGACCGCCACAUUACCGCCGGAACCCUCGACUGGCCCACUCGCCACCGCAUACUCCUCGGCCUCGCCUCCGCCCUCCUCUACCUCCACGAGGAGUGCGGCGGCACCGUCGUCCACCGCGACGUCAAGCCCAACAACGUCCUCCUCGAUGCCGACUUCGAGGCCCACCUCGGCGACUUCGGCUUGGCCCGCCUAGCCCAGGGAACAGACCGGACCACCUCCACCACCGUCCUCGCCGGCACCAUCGGGUACCUCGCCCCCGAGUACGGCUACACCGGCAAGGCCACCCCCGAGUCCGAUGUCUUCAGCUACGGCGUCGUGGUUCUGGAGGUGGUCUGCGGGCGGAGGUCCCUGAUGGGCUUGGACGAUAACAACCUUCUGGAUCACGUCUGGGAACUGUACACCUCCGGCAAGCUGCUCCAGGCGGUGGAUCCGAGAUUGGAGAGUCAGUUCGACGAGGAGGAGGUGAGGAGAACACUUUUGGUGGGGCUCAUGUGCUCCCACCCGAACCCGGCGAGUCGGCCGAGGAGCAGGCAGGUGGUGCAAAUCCUUGGAAAUCCCAGCGAGCCUCUGAUGGAGAUGCCGGAGAGCCGGCCAGACACCAUUAUACCCUCUCCCUCGAUGAUGGACUUCAGCUUCGAGAUUGUCAGUAUCAUGUCCACCAGCACGACGAUGCCGAUGGGAGCGUCGCCGGACAGCACGAAAUCGAGUCUUCUCCUUGCUCGGUGA